CGGGGAAUAUGGCGUCUGCAAUGGCUAUGGACGCCACUGACAAACAUUAUAUUGAUAUCCAGUUAAAAUAACGACUAAUUAAAGCCGCGGGGGAAUUGUAAAUGGACACUAAGGAAUCUUCGGCGAUGUUUUUUUACUGUCCUUUUUCUUGAUCUCGGAAAUAAACCCACAACACAUGUCAGAAGGAGCCAGGUCUGCCUGGUCAAAGAGGGGUUGUGGGGACUCGCAGCGCCGAGGUGAGAGACACUAGCCUGCUAAGCUAGCUAGCGAUAGAUAAUUCCACGGGAUGUCGUGAGCUACCAGUCCAUGCUAGUUUGCAAUAAAAUGUGUAUUGCCGUUAGCAAGUUGGCUAACUACAUUGUCUAUCAAUUUGACUAUCCUGUCAUGGCCUUGCGCGAAAAAUAAGCAAUCUGUGAUUUCCCUGACUGCGCGAACUCACUGGUUAGCUACGUUAUAACGUUAGUUUGCUAGCCAACACGAUUACAUCAGUCAAAGAUUAGCCUACAUGGUGAAUCUAUAGACAUGUUUUUGAGUCAGCUAACGUUAAAUGCACUAGCUAUAUUACCAAUCAUGAUUUAAUUAAUAGGGGGAAAAAAUGAUUUUCUAGCUUUGUAGAAUGUUUUUCUCUGUCUCUAGAUCAGGGCAAACAUAAACAGAGGAAAUGUGAGCGUCCCAUCAACCUGCUGUCAGCUAAGCUUGAGACUGGCCUUGAGGCCCCCAAAAGGUACAAUCUCCAUGACAACCAUCCAUUCCUACUUCUACCUGUAGCCUAUAUCCGUCCAUCCAUCCCUACUUUCUUCCUUAAUAUGGCCACCAGCCAUUGAUCUGACAAAGCAGGAGGGAAUGGAAAGAAUGGUACAAUUUUGAGUAUUGGAAUGGGGAUCCAAGUCAGCCUGUUCUUGGAGCCUCAGUAUGUGUUCUCUUCAAUAAGGGAAAAGUUCUGUUCACACAUCUGGCUGAACUUUCUCAGUAGCUUUAGGUCUAGGCUACAGUUUGGUUUGAAUAACCUUUUUUAAAAUUGAUUUUCAACAUACUGUUUUGAUGUACAAUUACAUUUUGGGUUUGUCGUCCAGGUGAUUCAGAGAAGGGCGUUGUUAGUUUCUCCCAGGACACAAGGGCCACUGUCCUCUGAUUGGCUCGGAAUACCCCCUCUGACAUGCCCGUGGCCAAUCAGAGGUGAGUGUGCAUUGUGUGGGUGUGUGAGUGAAUAGAGAGAAUGAAUUAAUGCAUUUGUUUCUGAUUGUCUAUGGGUGGAUUUGCUGCUAGUGUGUGAGUGCAUAAUUGUCUGCUGGUGUGUUUAGGUGUACGCACGCAGCAUGCGUUUCUGUGUGGGUGUGUAUUUCAGUGUGUGUGUGUAUUUCGGUGUCUGUCUGUAUGAGCGCUGAGGUGUGAAUGUUGAAUGUUCUUGACCUCAUUACAGAGCCUUCCACUGAGACAGGCUUUUACACACACACACACACACACACACACACACACACACACACACACACACGUGUUAGAAAGAGAAAUACAGCAUUGUGUUUGGACUGUAGUGUGAUGCAUCCCAUUUGAGUGACAGUUUUUCUACUCUUUUAUUGGUCUGUGGUUGAACAGUAAAGCCUUACUACCGCCAUAUUACUAGUGUGUUAUUAACCCCCUCUCCUUACUGCAGGUGUGUGUGCUCGCUAUUAACCUCUCUCCUCCUCCAGGUGUGUGAUGUCGGGGGGUGAGGUGGAGGUGUACCUGUCCCAGGUGCAUGAUGGGAGCGUGUCCUCAGGGUUCCGGACGCUGUACGAGGAGAGGCUCCUAUUGGACGUCACGCUGCUCAUAGAGGAACACCACUUCCAGGUUAGCAACACACACACACACACACACACACACACACACACACACACUCUCUCACUAACAUGUAAUGUCAUGUUAACCCUCCUCCAGGCUCACAAGGCCCUGCUGGCGACCCAGAGUGACUACUUCCGGGUCAUGUUCACAGCAGACAUGCGAGAGAGAGACCAGGACAAGAUCCACAUGAAGGGGUUAACAGCUGCCGGCUUCGGCCACGUCCUGAGGUUCAUGUACUACGGUUCACUGGAGCUCAGCAUGGUCACUGUGCAGGAGAUACUACAGGUAACACACACACACAUACAUACAUAAAACUGUCUCUUUAACCCAUUAAGCUAUGAUGUAUGUCCAGUUCUCUUGUUCCUUACUGCUGACUAAGAUCUGUCACUCUUUGUCUCCCCUCACCCUGUAGGCGGCCAUGUACGUCCAGCUGACAGAGGUGGUAGAGUUCUGCUGUUCCUUCCUGCUGUCUAAGAUCUGUCUGGAGAACUGUGCCGAGGUGAUGAGGCUGCUGGAGGACUUCAGCGUGGGUGUGGAGGGUGUGCAGGAGCAGCUCGACAACUUUCUGCUUGAGAACUUUGUUCCUCUGAUGAGCAGACCUGACUUCCUGUCCUACCUCAGCCUGGAGAGACUGCAGGUGUGCUGGAAGAACUCACACAUUAGUUGUGUGUGUACCUAAACAGUGAUGCUCUUUAUAACAUGUAAUACAGUUGAAGUCAGAAGUUUACAUACUCCUUAGCCAAAUACAUUUAAACUCAGUUUUUCACAAUUCCUGACUUUUAAUCCUAGUAAAAAUUCCCAGAUUUAGGUCAGUUAGGAUCACCACUUUAUUUUAAGAAUGUGAAAUGUCAGAAUAAUAUUAGUGAUUUAUUUCAGCUUUUAUUUCUUUCAUCACAUUCCCAGUGGGUCAGAAGUAUACAUACACUCAAUUUAGUAUUUGGUAGCAUUGCAUUUAAAUUGUUUAACUUGGGUGAAAUGUUUCGGAGUAGCCUUCCACAAGCUUCCCACAAUAAGUUGGGUGAAUUUUGGCCCAUUCCUCCUGACAGAGCUGGUGUAACUGAGUCAGGUUUGUAGGCCUCCUUGCUCGCACACGCUUUUUCAGUUCUGCCCACACAUUUUCUAUAGGAUUGUGGUCAGGGCUUUGUGAUGGUCACUCCAAUACAUUGACUUUGUUGUCCUUAAGCCAGUUUGCCACAACUUUGGAAGUAUGCUUGGGGUCAUUGUCCAUUUGGAAGACCCAUUUGCGACCAAGCUUUAACUUCCUGACUGAUGUCUUGAGAUGUUGCUUCAAUAUAUCCACAUCAUUUUCCUUCCUCAUAAUGCCAUCUAUUUUGUGAAGUGCACCAGUCCCUCCUGCAGCAAAGCACCCCCACAGCAUGAUGCUGGCACCCACGAGCUUCACGGUUGGGAUGGUGUUCUUCGGCUUGCAAGCAACCCCCUUUUUCCUCCAAACAUAACGAUGGUCAUUAUGGCCAAACAGUUCUAUUUUUGUUUCAUCAGACCAGAGGACAUUAAUCCAAAAAGUACAAUCUUUGUCCCCAUGUGCAGUUGCAAACCGCAGUCUGGCUUUUUUAUGGCGGUUUUGGAGCAGUGGCUUCUUCCUUGCUGAGCGGCCUUUCAGGUUAUGUCGAUAUAGGACUUGUUUUACUGUGGAUAUAGAUACUUUUGUACCUGUUUCCUCCAGCAUCUUUACAAGGUCCUUUGCUGUUGUUCUGGGAUUGAUUUGCACUUUUCGCACCAAAGUACGUUAAUCUCUAGGAGACAGAACACGUCUCCUUCCGGAGCGGUAUGACGGCUGCGUGGUCCCAUGGUGUUUAUACUUGCGUACUAUUGUUUGUACAGAUGAACGUGGUACCUUCAGGCGUUUGGAAAUUGCUCCCAAGGAUGAACCAGAGGUUGUGGAGGUCUACAAUUCUUUUUCUGAGGUCUUGGCUGAUUUCUUUUGAUUUUCCCAUGAUGUCAAGCAAAGAGGCACUGAGUUUGAAGGUAGGCCUUGAAAUACAUCCACAGGUACACCUCCAAUUGACUCAAAUGAUGUCAAUUAGCCUAUCAGAAGCUUCUAAAGCCAUGACAUCAUUUUCUGGAAUUCUGGAAACUGUUUAAAGGCACAGUCAACUUAGUGUAUGUAAACUUCUGACCCACUGGAAUUGUGAUAAAGUGAAUUACAAGUGAAAUAGUCUGUAAACAAUUGUUGGAAAAAUUACUUGUGUCAUGCACAAAUUAGAUAUCCUAACCGACUUGCCAAAAUGAUAGUUUGUUAACAAGACAGUUGUGGAGUGGUUGAAAAAUGAGUUUUAAUGACUCCAACCUAAGUGUAUGUAUACUUCCGACUUCAACUGUAUAUUCUUGUUAACUCUGUGUGUGUUAACUGUGUGUUUAUUGUGUGUGUGUCAGGCGUACCUGGACAGUGAUGCCCUGAGUCGCUUCCCAGAGAUAGAGCUGUAUGAGUCUGUCCAGGCCUGGCUACGACACGACCGGCGCCGCUGGAGACACACAGACACUGUCGUCCAGUCUCUACGCUUCUGCCUCAUGACCGCCGCUAAUGUCUUCGAGAAGGUAAGACACACACACACACACACACACACACACAAGAUGAGUCACACACAUGGUUCCUAUGUGUGCAUCCUGCUCUCUAUGACAUCACCCCUGACUAAUUCUUCUUCCCCUUCCUCAGGUGAAGACGUCAGAGUUCUAUCGUUACUCUCGACAACUGCGUCAGGAGGUGGACCAGGCUCUCAGCUACUUCCACGACGUCAACGAGCAGCCGCUGGUCGAGACGCGGUCCAACCGCAUCCGCUCGGUCCGACCACAGACCGCCGUGUUCAGGGGCAUGAUCGGACACAGCAUGGUCAACAGCAAGAUCCUACUGCUGCACAGACCCAAGGUAAGAUCCUACUGCUGCACAGACCCAAGGUAAGAUUCUACUGCUGCACAGACCCAUGGUAAUAUCCUACUGCUGUACAGACCCAAGGUAAUAUCCUACUGCUGUACAGACCCAAGGUAAGAUCCUACUGCUGCACAGACCCAAGGUAAGAUCCUACUGCUGCACAGACCCAAGGUAAGAUCCUACUGCUGCACAGACCCAAGGUAAUAUCCUACUGCUGUACAGACCCAAGGUAUUAUCCUACUGCUGUACAGACCCAAGGUAAGAUCCUACUGCUGCACAGACCCAAGGUAAUUCCUACUGCUGCACAGACCCAAGGUAAGAUCCUACUGCUGCACAGACCCAAGGUAAGAUCCUACUGCUGCACAGACCCAAGGUAAGAUCCUACUGCUGCACAGACCCAAGGUAAGAUCCUACUGCUGUACAGACCCAAGGUAAGAUCCUACUGCUGUACAGACCCAAGGUAAGAUCCUAUUGCUGCACAGAACCAAGGAAAGGAAUUAGGCCUACAGCAGGUGUGAACAACGCUCCUCUUGGAGUGUGUUUUUUUUGUUACAGGCAUGCUCUAAUACAGGGGUUCCCAAACUUUUUUUUUCCAGGUGUGAACAACGCUCCUCUUGGAGUGUGUUUUUUUUGUUACAGGCAUGCUCUAAUAUAGGGGUUCCCAAACUUUUUUUUUCCCCAGGGCCCCCCUUUUCACAUUAAAAAAAUAUAUAUUUAUUGAGAGAGCCUAUAUUAAAUACACCACAAGCUUGAUUUUGUUCAAUUUGGGGGACCUAGGAAAAUGUUGUUUUGAAUCUGAUUUCCUGCAAUUCUAUGUAUACUGAACAAAAAUAUAAACGCAACGUGAAGUGUUGGUCCCAUGUUUUAUGAGCUGAAAUAAAAGAUCCCAGAAAUGUUCCAUACGCAUAAAAAGCUUGAGAGAAAUAAAUGUUGUGCACAAAUUUGUUUACAUCCCUGUUAGUGAACAUUUAUUAUUUGCCAAUAUAGUCCUUCCACCUGACAGGUGUAGCAUAUCAAGAAGCUGAUUAAACAGCAUUAUCAUUACACAGGUGCACCUUGUGCUGGGGACAAUAAAAGGCCACUCUAAAAUGUGCAGUUUUUCCACACAACACAAUGCCACAGAUGUCUCAAGUUGAGGGAGCGCGCAAUUGGCAUGCUGACUGCAGGAAUGUCCACCAGAGCUGUUGCCAGAGAUUUGAAUGUUAAUUUCUCUACCAUAAGCCAUCUCCAACGUCGUUUUAGAGAAUUUGGCAGUAUGUCCAACCGGCCUCACAACAGCAGACCGCAUGUAACUACGCCAGCCCAGAACCUCCACAUCUGGCUUUUUCACCUGCGGGAUCGUUUGAGACCAGCCAGCCGGACAGCUAAUGAAACAGGAGUAUUUCUGUCUGUAAUAAAGCCCUUUUGUGGGGAAAAACAUUCUGAUUGGCUGGGCCUGGCUCCCCAGUGGGUGGGCAUAUGCCCUCCCAGGCCCACCCAUGGCUGCGCCCCUGACCAGUCAUGUGAAAUCCAUAGAUUAGGGCCCAUUGAAUUCAUUUUAAUGGACUGAUUUCUUUAUAUGAACUGUAACUCAGUAAAACCGUUGAAAUUGUUGCAUAAUGCGUUUAUAUUUUUGUUCAGUAUAGUUUAGCAAGACUCUUGACAUCUUUUAGGUUGGCUAUUUAAUGAUGAUAUUAUUAUUAUUAUUUUAUUAUUAUCACUACUACUACUACUACUACUAAUGGAUAAGGAAAAUGUUAUUCCGCUACCAAAUGUUUUAUGAUAAUCUAUGAACUCUCAAUUUUAUUAAACAUAUUCUCUUUUAAAUAAAGUGAAUAGGUCAAUUGAUAGCAACAGUCAUACAUUGUAUAAGAUGACUUCCCAAGCAAAGUCUAAUUUCUUUGAAUCCUCAACUUUAGAAGGUCGUAGCUCAGCUUAGGAAUGUCAUGGAGCCAAACCGAAUAUGUGCAUCAGAGUCACGUCUUCCUCUGGUAUUUACCACGUGUUUCUAGCCUAAAGCAUCGCGGAGGUAUGCGUUGUUUUAGAUCGGUAUACUAUAAAAAAUCGCAAAUCAAGGAAGGUCCCGUGCCCCCAAAUGAAAUGUUGGCGCCCCCUAGGUUGGGAACCCCUGCUCUAAUAUGUCAGGUGUAAUGUCUAUAAUGUGUGUGUAUGACCUGUCUGUAGGUGUGGUGGGAGUUGGAAGGUCCCCAGGUCCCACUCCGUCCAGACUGCUUGGCCAUUGUCAACAACUUUGCCUUCCUGUUGGGUGGGGAGGAGCUAGGGUCUGACGGGGAGUUCCACGCCUCCUCUAAAGUCUACCGCUACGACCCCCGCCAGAACUCCUGGCUACGCAUGGCCGACAUGUCUGUACCCAGGUCUGUAGUUGUCCGUACCCAGGUCUGUAGUUGUCAGUACCCAGGUCUGUAGUUGUCUGUACCCAGGUGGGACAUGGUUUCAUGUUUGUACAAGGUCUAUUAGGGUGUUAAUGUUUUUUAAAUUAUAUUUAUUUAUAAACAAUUGUUUGUCUUUACUUCCAGGUCAGAGUUUGCAGUGGGGGUCAUUGGUAAGUUCAUCUAUGCAGUUGCUGGCCGGACACGGGACGAGACAUUCUAUUCCACGGAGCGCUAUGACAUCACGGCGGACCGCUGGGAGUUUGUGGACCCGUACCCGGUCAACAAGUACGGUCACGAGGGCACGGUCCUGAACGGUAAACUCUACAUCACUGGAGGAAUCACAUCCUCAUCCACCUCCAAACAGGUGUGUGUGUUCGACCCUGGGCGGGACGCAGGGGGAGGGGUUUGUGUGGCGGGCUCGGGGGGAGCGGGUACGACGGACACACACAGGACGCGCUCAGCUCGCACUCCCAUCCUACCCAACACACACACCAGCUGCUGGGAGAACAAGUCGAAGAUGAACUACGCUCGCUGCUUCCAUAAGAUGAUCUCCCACAACGGGAAGCUUUAUGUGUUCGGGGGGGUGUGUGUGAUCCUUCGGGCGUCGUUCGAGUCACAGGGCUGCCCGUCCACGGAGGUCUAUGACCCUGAGACAGAUGAGUGGACCAUCCUGGCGUCGAUGCCCAUCGGGCGCAGUGGGCAUGGUGUGGCGGUGCUGGACAGACAGAUCAUGGUGUUGGGGGGCCUCUGCUAUAACGGACACUACUCUGACUCCAUCCUCACCUUCGACCCGGACGACAACAAGUGGAAGGAAGACGAGUAUCCCAGGAUGCCUUGCAAACUGGACGGGCUGCAGGUGUGCACUUUGCACUUCCCUGAGUACGUCCUGGAGCACGUCCGGCGCUGCAGCUGA